GUAAAGAAUAUUUUGGGAGGGGACUAUUGUAAAUAACAAAAUCAUUCACCUUAAACCCUAAGGCAGCCGUCUAGAUUCGUUGCGAGUUGCGACAUUGCCGGAGAGCGAAAGGAGUUAGAGCAAAGACGCAGCCGCCAUGAGUCUGGUCGCGAGCGAAGAUUUCCAGCACAUUUUGCGUAUCCAGAACACCAACGUUGAUGGGAAGCAGAAGAUCAUGUUCGCUCUCACUUCCAUCAAGGGUAUUGGCCGCCGAUUCGCCAACAUCUGCUGCAAGAAAGCUGAUAUUGACAUGAACAAAAGGGCUGGAGAACUUACCCCUGAGGAGAUUGAGAAGUUGAUGACUGUUGUUACAAACCCUCGACAGUUCAAGAUCCCUGACUGGUUCCUCAACAGGCAGAAGGAUUACAAGGAUGGGAGCUAUUCACAGGUUGUGUCCAAUGCAUUGGACAUGAAACUAAGGGAUGAUCUUGAGCGUUUGAAGAAAAUUAGGAACCACCGUGGUCUGCGACACUACUGGGGUCUUCGCGUACGUGGACAGCACACUAAGACUACUGGACGCAGGGGAAAGACUGUCGGUGUCUCCAAGAAGCGUUAGAGAUUUUCAACUCUACACCCAUGAUUAUUGUUCUUCAUUAUUAUGCUCUUUUUUUAGAAUUUGGUUUUUAAUUUUCAAUGCUGUCUGGUCUUUAGCACAAUACCCUGGACUGACCACAUAUUUCCAAAGUAUGAUUUCUAACUUGGGUUAUAUCUCUUACCCCAAUGCCUCUCCAAUNAGAAAUCGUAGUUUGGUUUAUGAAUUUGGAAAAAUAAGUAAAUUAGUUUUGUAGAG